UAUGGUGACUGUAGAAAAAAUAUGCUGCUGUCAUUUCAGGAUUUGAAAUGUCUAACAAGGCAAUUGUUGUGAGUAGAGCUGAUUGUAUAGAGAAACUGCUAUCUGAAAAAAAUUACCAAAAUAUUAGCAGUCAUCUUGCUUACCUUGAAGCUAUUGAUAUGACUAUAGACUGCCUCCAGGAGACUGACAUUGCCAAAGCUGUGUACAGAAUCCUCAAGAACUGCCCCUCUGUGGUACUGAAAAAUAAGGCAAAGCAUUUACUUUCAAAGUGGAAAACACUUUACAAGAAUCAUCUUCAUCAGUCAGAACAAGUUAAGCCAGUGUUGUCUGAUAAUGGAAAUGAAAGUUCUGAUCACAUUCAAGUGAUUCUGAAAGGUGCAAACUCUUCUGAAAAACUAACUCAAAAUGAAAUAUUAGGCACCACCAGACCCACUAAUUGCUUACCAUCAGAAGGCCAUUCAAAAGAUAUAGAAAUUACUGUGCAAAAAGAUAAUAUGAUCCAACCUUCGCUUCUGGAGCGCUCUGGCCCUGUUAAUGAAACAAACCCUCAUCAAGAUCACAUGGCAGCUAUGAGAUAUAAAUGUACAGAACUUCUUUAUGAAGCUUUGAUUGACUCUUCAACAAGUAAUGAAGAUACAGAACAGCAUCAUAACAUAGCUAAAGACAUUGAACAGCAUAUUUUUGAACUUUAUAGUAAGAAUGAUAAAAAAUACAAAAACUGCAUCCGAAGCAAGGUUUCCAACUUAAAGAAUCCUAAAAAUUCUCACUUAAAACACAGUCUGUUUGAAGGGACUCUGAAUCCAAAGGCAUUUGCUAAUAUGUCUGUGAUGGAAAUGGCACAUGAUGAACUGAAGCAUCUCAGAGCUUCAUAUACAGAAUCAUCUGUUCGUGAACAUCAACUCCCCCAAAUUACUAAUGGUACUCGAACAAACAAAAUAAAAUGUAGACGAUGUGAAAAAUUUGAUUGCACUGUGACUGUGAUUGCCAGGGGAGUGCUUUUCCUUCCUAGUUGGGUGCGAAACACAAAUGCAGAUGAACAAAUGAUGACUUAUGUGAUUUGUAAUGGGUGUGGAGAGCAGUGGUACCACAGCAGAUGGAUUUGUUUGUGAUUGUGCAUCUUUAAAUGCUUAUAUCUUCAGAGGAGAUAGAUACACCGAGUUACCUAAAUAAAAUACCUAAAAAUGGAAACAUUUAAAAUGCUUGCAGUGAAAUAAAAACGUUUGCUCAAUAUGGAAGAGGAUUAAAGAACUAUUUGGCAUAUAGAAAUCAUGAGUCACAAACUUUUGUCUACCAUUUUGCAAUGAACAUUACCAUCGUACCAUCAAAUUACAGAGAAAAUAUUUCCAAAAACCUGGUUGAUUCUCCCCUCCCCCCAAUGAAUAUUUCUUUAGUUAUAAGCCCAAAUGGAUUAUAUCUUGAAAAUGUCUGUCUGUAAAAAUGCUAUACUCCUUUUUCACAGUUUGAGGCAGGACAAAGAAUACCAAAAUGUUCAGGAUGGAAAAAAUAAAUCUGUUGAAGAUGGCAUCUCUGUGAUUGCUGUUAUGAUACUUUCAUCACAUUCAUGACAAUAUUGCUGAUUGGCUGGGAUAGAAAUUGCAUAAUACUGUGGCUAUGAACAUGGGAAAAAUGCAAAAUGAAUAAUAAAUGAUAAUAAAAGGAACAAUGUAGAGAGGUUUACUCCUAGGAAAGUGUUCUUAGGACUGUACUGUAUGUGCCCUCUUCCCAGUUCACACAGUUUAGUCUCCCAUGUAAAGGCAGCCUGCCUGAGGCAGGGUUUUAUCUUGCUCUUAAAAUUUUCUGGAAGUUGUCUCAAUUCCUGUUCUACACUGCAGACUUAAUGCGGUUUGCUGUACUUUUAAAAUGAAAGUUUGCAUUAUUUUCAUUAUAAAACAUUUUAAAAGUAA